AUGGCCUCCAGCGACGACGAUGACGGCAAAAAACCACCGGCUCGAAAGCCUUUUGUGAACCCCUAUGCGAAGAAGCCUUCGAACAAGGUAACAAUGUCCGAUAUUACUUCGAAGGGUCGGCAACCUUUUGCGCGCAUGAGUACCAGUGGAAAGGCUCCUCGUUCUCAUUACCCACGUGGCUAUUCGCAGUACGAAUCGGUCGAUGAUGUGGAAGUGGAACAUUUCGAACGGCGUUCGCAGCCUCCUCCUUAUGCCGCAGCAUCGGAGAAUGUGCGUUUCGAUCCUUUUUACCCUCGUUCUGAAUCCUCCGACGGAUAUGUCCCCCCCGCCGAAGAUUCUCCCAACACUUCAUUUGUGAAGAAGCGUCGAUCAACCAUUAAUUCGAUUCGUCCUGGCUCCAAGCUUGCUGAUAGUGGAUCUGUUUACUACCACGUCCCAGCCAUCAUAGCCGCAGAGAAUCCCAAUCAACCACCAGGUACGCCGCCUCGGGAACCUGUUGCCGGCUUGAUUGACACCAAUCCGCCACCACCGGCAGGAGUUGCUUUGCCCGAAGUCAACGAGACAACCCAAGAUUCACCCGCAAAGAAUAGCAAUGAUGAUGAAGAAGAUGAAUUUCCUAUGGAUGACUUCAUCCGUCUUGCGGCUUCAACACUCACUCUGUGUGAACGCUGCUAUUCAAUCAUCGACAAACUCAAGGAGUCCGGCGUUGUCCUGUUGGACGUGGUCCAGAAAUACUACGAUGGUGUCAAUACGCCGUAUGUGAUGUGUGGGAAUGAGAUUGCUUGGAAGUUUGAGGAACACUUGCUUCGACAACCCAUCUUUUGGCUCGCUCAGAGUGGUUAUCCCUUUCCACGUCCUGGAGAUGGCUUUGCAAUGAUGGGAAUGUAUAUUCAUCCAGACAAAUUCAUCGAAAUGCUGCAUAUGCUCCACUUCAGCAUCACCAUGACAACAUUUUUCUUCAAGAGAGUUGCCGCUGGGUUCAAUUGGAGCCAUGAUGAGUAUGCCCGUCGAUUGGUAUUCUUCAAAGAGGCGCAUCCUUUUAGUGGAUGGAUGGUCCGACGACUUGGAACAGCUGACGUCGAGGAGAUCCGUGAUCCCAUCCAAGAUCCUGACGAAGACAAUGAUCCGGAUGGUGGCGACGACCAUGGACCUGAUCGAGAUGGUGGUCGUAUUGAAAGCAGCCGCAACAAAGAAGGAAGUCGUGGAAGUCGUGGUUCCACCAGCAACAACACAAGCCGCAAGAAUCAGCCUCAUAGUGGUGUUUCCAACAGCGGUCUACUCCCCAAUCAAGCUUACAUUCCACUGACCAUCCGUACUGGAACAUACAGCAUGGAAUUCGGAAUGGGUGGAACUGAAGAGACUCUUGCUUCAACACCAAAGUUAAGCGGUCAAGCUAGUCGGAAGCGGACACCUGACACGGAAGAGAGUGGGCGCAGUUACGAAACUGCCUUGGUCAUCACAGACUCCGGUGAUAUCGAGCCAAAACCGAAGCCGAAGCCGAAACCAAAGCCGGGAGCUGCGUCCAAACCAAAGCAGGGAUCCACGUCCCUGACUGCAUUGGAGAUCCCUUCGUCUUCCAGUGAUGACAGUGACCGAAAGCCUGCUGCAAAGAAGAAGCCUGCUGCAAAGAAGAAGCCAUCUGUCACCAGUAAAACAGGCGAGGAGACGUCGGACGACAGUACCGACGACAAUACUGAGGGUUCCCCCGAAUCUCUUUCCAGCUUGAGUUCUCGGGAUAGUCCACCUACAAGGGCUGCUAAGCAAAAGAGUUCCCAGAAGACUGUUCGCCGUCGUCUUCUGUUGACAAAGGAAGAAGCAUCCACUGACGAUUCCGAUUCUGAGGACGAACUCAAGCAUUGCAGUCAAGAAUCCAAGGAAGACGAAGGCAACAAUGACAGUGACAAUGAUGCAAGUAGUCCAGGCGGUCACUCAUCUACAACUUCUUUGACGUAUUGA